AGCAGGUUCAUCUUGGGAAAAAAAAAAAUUCUCGGAGAAAUAUUCUUCUGCGGGGUAAUGGUAGUAGUAGUAGUGACUUUAUAAAAAGAAAUGAAAAAUUGAUUCUCCCUUUUAUUCUUUGAAUAUACAUAUAUAUCAUUAUGACUAUUUCUUUGCCUGAACCUAUUAAUUUACCUAUUUUAGCUGAAGCUCAACCUACUCGUGUCGGUGUUAAAUCCCCUGAAGAUAUUGUCGUUGUUUCUGCUCUUCGUACUGCUUUAACAAAGAGUCGUAAAGGUGGAUUUAAAGAUGUUCUUGCUGAUGAACUUUUAUUCCAUGUUUUAAAGGCCAUCAUUAGUAAAACGGGUAUUGACCCUGCAUUAGUUCAAGACAUUACUGUUGGUAAUGUCUGUGCAAAAGGUGGCCUUGCUACCCCCUCUCGUAUGGCUGCUCUUGCUGCUGGAUUCCCCGAAACAACCUCUGUUAGUACUUUACAUCGUCAAUGUUCUUCUGGUCUUCAAGCUUGUGUUCAAAUCGCUACUUCCAUUCAAUGUGGUCUGAUCGAGAUUGGUAUAGGCGCUGGUGUGGAAUCUAUGUCUUCUGAUUAUUUUGAUCGCAAGAUCAUUUUAUCUAAAAAAUUAAUGACAAACCCUACUGCUGCUGACUGCGAACUUCCUAUGGGUCUUACAUCUGAAAAUGUUGCUGAAACAUUCGGUAUCACACGUAAGGAGCAAGAUUUAUUUUCUUACGAAUCACAUAAAAAGGCAUACAUGGCCCAAGAGGCUGGUUAUUAUGACGAAGAAAUGAUUCCAUGCACCGUCACAACCUAUGAUAAGGGGGAAGGGGGUCAUGCCAAGACUAUUACGGUUGAUAAAGAUGAGGGGAUUCGACCCGGCACAACCCUUGAAGGUCUUGCGAAGUUGAAGCCCGCUUUUAAGCCCACCACAGGUACUACCACCGCAGGUAACGCCUCUCAGAUCUCGGAUGGCGCAGCCGCGGUCUUGUUGAUGAAACGAAAGACGGCUCAAAGGUUAAACUUACCUAUCCUCGGUAAAUAUCUCACUUCCUCUGUUGUCGGUGUCCCCCCUAAAUUAAUGGGUGUGGGUCCUGCUUAUGCUAUCCCUGUUGCCGUUCAACGGGCUGGUAUCACACUAGAUGAGGUAGAUAUUUUCGAAAUUAACGAAGCCUUUGCCUCUCAGGCUAUCUAUACCUACAAGGUCCUUGGCAUUCCAAAGGAGAAAGUGAAUCCUAAAGGUGGUGCCAUUGCCAUCGGCCAUCCCUUAGGUUGUACCGGGGCUCGUCAAAUCGCUACUCUAUUUCCGGAAUUAAAACGUCAACAGAAGCGUAUUGGUAUUACUUCCAUGUGCAUUGGUAGUGGUAUGGGCAUGGCUGCUGUUUGGGAAAGAGAAGAAUAAUAAUUUAUUUAUUUUUAUCUUUAUUUUUAUUUUUUCAUUCAAUACAUAAAAAUAGAUAUCAGUCCUCCUAUUUAUAUAUAAUAUAUUAAUUAGUGAGCUGAUAGUGCUGCAAUCAUUAAAUGAUUAAACCAUCAUUACAACUCUGUA